AUGCAAGGAGAGAUGGUAGCUACAGAGUCCGAUUACGCACUUCUCGAAUCCAUUCGCCGUCACUUGCUCGGCGACUCAAUUACCACCACCAAUUCUACUUCUUCCACCGGCGCCGGACCUGUCUACCGCCGGCUCCCGAGUUUCGGGACCAUGUACCCUUGCCUGACGGAGAAUUGGGGCGAAUUGCCCCUGAAGAUGGACGAUUCGGAAGAUAUGCUGCUCUACGGAGUCCUCCGGGACGCCUUCCACGACGGCUGGGUCCCGAAUUCGGAUCAGCUCGCUUCGGAUUUCUCGCCGACGACAGAGGUGACUGCGACCCUCCCGCCGGUGAAAUUGGAGCCGCCGCAGACCCCGGUUGCGGCGGCGGCAGAGCCGGCAGUGGUGCCUCCGAAGGGGAAGCACUACCGGGGAGUGAGGCAGAGGCCGUGGGGGAAGUUUGCGGCCGAGAUCCGUGACCCGGCAAAGAACGGGGCUCGGGUUUGGCUCGGUACGUUCGAGACGGCCGAGGACGCGGCUCUGGCUUACGACAGAGCCGCAUACCGAAUGCGGGGCUCCAGGGCCCUGCUGAAUUUCCCCCUGAGGGUGAACUCGGGCGAGCCCGACCCAGUUCGGAUCACGUCCAAGCGAUCGUCACCGGAGCCGACGUCGUCUUCAUCGUCGUCGUCCGGGUCGGAUAGCGGGUCGCCCAAGAGCAACAAGAGGAGGAAGAAGGGCGUUGUUAAUGGGUCGGGUGACGCUGCUCCGGCGGUUGCUGUUAACGGUACCACUGCCCAAGUGACUGUCCGGGUCGGGUCGGAUAUGGGGAAGGUGGGUGGAUAUGGAUAUCAAGUGGCAUUGAGUACACAUGGCGGGCAGCUAUUGGCUGCGUGA